AUGGCUGGGGCGCGGGCGUUCCGUGAAGCGGCGACCGCGAGGGCAUGCCGGCCGCCCCGCACCAGGCGGCGCGCGCGCCCCAGCCGUCGCUCAGGCCGCGUGCGCAAGGGCGGGCGGCUGCGGCUGUACAACAAGGGCGCGGCGGAGUGGGUGCUGCAGCGCUGCGUGGCGAUGGUGGAUGCGCGCGGCGAGGUGGUGGCGAUGACGGGGCCGGACAGGGACGAGCUCAUGCAGGUCGUGAUCGGCAUGGCGUCGCGCGGGCUGCGCUGCAUCUGCCUCACCUACACCGAUUUUGACGCGGUCGACCCCUCGCGGGCCCCCGACUUCUUCUCGAACCCGGACGGCGUGGACGCCAACUUGGUGGCGCAGGCCAUUGUGGGGAUCAAGGACCCUGUGAGGCGCGAGGUGCCCGACGCCGUCCGCGUCUGCCAGCGGGCCGGCAUCGUGGUGCGCAUGGUGACGGGCGACAACAUCCACACGGCGCGCCACAUCGCGCGCGAGUGCGGCAUCCUGACGGAUCACGGCGUGGCGCUGGAGGGGCCGUCCUUCAGGUCAAUGCCGGCGCACGAGCUCAUGCCGCUGCUGCCGCGGCUGCAGGUCCUGGCGCGCUCCUCCCCCGAGGAUAAGCUGACGCUGGUGUCGCUGCUCAAGAAGGAGGGCGAGGUCGUGGCCGUGACGGGGGACGGCACAAACGACGCGCCUGCGCUCAAGGAGAGCGACGUCGGCCUCGCCAUGGGCAUCGCCGGAACAGAGGUUGCAAAGGAGGCGGCAGACAUUGUGAUUAUGGACGACAACUUCAGCUCGAUUGUCAAGUCUGUGCUGUGGGGCCGCUCCGUAUUCAACUCCAUCCGCAAGUUCCUGCAGUUCCAGCUCACCGUGAACUUCGUGGCCCUCGUCAUCGCGUUUGUGGGCGCGGUGGUCGGCGGCCGCAUCCCCCUGAACGUGCUGCAGCUGCUGUGGGUCAACCUCAUUAUGGACACCAUGGGCGCGCUGGCGCUGGCGACCGAGGACCCCAACCCAGAGCUUCUGAACGACAAGCCCCACGGCCGCGACGAGCCCCUCAUCACAACCAAGAUGUGGAAGCACGUCCUCGUCCAGGGCUGCUACCAGCUGUUCUGGCUCUUCUUCUUUAUGUAUGCCCUGCCCUCCCUCAACUGGAGCCGCUACUGGACCACCUCCGAGUGCCAGCUGCUCUCCAGCGGCCCCCUGUCCGCGCCGCGCGCCGACUACUGCGCCUACAGGAUGGCCCUGCCGCAGGCCGAUGGCGGGCUGGGCAUGAAUUCGACCGCCGCGGGUGCGUACUGCUCAAUGCUGAACACAUGCGGCUGGCCGUGCGGCAGCGCGGACCACGUCGGCGACCAAGCGGCCUGCGCGGCGGGCGUGCUGGCGGCGACGGGGCGCGUCUACGCCCCCGGCGUCGUGCCGGGCGCGGAGAAGGACGCGCUGUGUCCUGAUGGCAGUGCGUGUGACGCGUACACGGCAUAUCGGGUGGUGGAGCAGUACUGGGAGGCGCGGCUGGAGAAGCAGCAUGAGGAGGACUUCAGGAGGGGGGACAGCCUGCUGUUCAACAGCUUCAUAUUCCUGCAGGUCUUCAACGAGAUCAACGCGCGCCGCAUCAGCGACGAGCUCAACAUGUUUGGCGGCAUCCACCGCUCUCCCAUCUUCCUGGCCGUCAUCGCCAUCACGGUCGGCCUGCAGGCCAUCAUCAUGCAGACCCGCAUGGGCAUGUUCUUCAAGGUCGUGCCCCUCGACGCGGCGGAGUGGGGUGUCAGCAUUGCCAUCGGCGCGUCUGCAGUGCCCAUCAGCUGGCUGACGCGCGUGCUGGGCGGCCUGAUGCCGACCGUGCGGCGGCGCCGCCACGGGCAGCGGACGCUGUCGCGUGGCCACGGGGGUUCGCGCGUGCACAACGAGGCGGCGGCGGCGGCGCUGGCGCGGCGCACGAGCAUGCCGAGGGAGGCGGCGCAGGUCAGGCCGUCGCCGCGGGCGGUGGCGGCGGUCAGCAGCACGGGCUGGGGCGAGUAG